GUCAACUCCAGUCAAUUGAAGCCCUCGGUUCAGUCGAAACAAUUCAUUUAUAUCUACUCCAGUGAUUCUACAUACAGCUCAGUAGAGCAUCGGAUACGAUUCUGAUCACAUCGCACAAGAACAUGGAUAAAUGGAUUGGAAAGGUGGCCCUGGUGACCGGCGCCAGUUCGGGCAUUGGACAAGACGCGGCCUUAGCUUUGGCCAACGCCGGAAUGGUUGUAGUGGGCAUAGCUAGGCGGGUGGAACUGAUUGAAGACCUUGGCACCAAAGUGACCGGAUGUGGUAAGAUUUACGCCCGCAGGUGCGACGUGGCCAAUGAAGAUGCGAUCCUGCAGACGUUCGGCUGGAUCCGGAAGGAGUUGGGUGGAGUCGACGUUCUAGUUUCCAAUGCUGGAGUGUUUCUUUGUAAUUUUGUUACACAAAGCACCACGUCGGAUUUCCGUGAUACUUUCGAUGUUAAUGUCGUAGCAACCUGCAUCUGUAUAAGGGAAGCCGUGAAGGAUAUGAAGGAACGAGGAGGUCCAGGAUACAUCUUUAUCAUCAAUAGCAUUCUGGGAAAACGUAUACCGGAUGUGUCGGUUCCAAUGUUCGGUGCCUAUCCAGCGUCAAAAUACGCUCUGACUGGUUUGGCCGAAGUUGUUCGGAAGGAACUGAUAUACUUUCAAUUGCCAGUUAGGUUAACCAGUAUUCACCCAGGAAUGGUACAAACCGACAUGAUUAAAGUUUUCGAUUCAUCACUAGCUCAACGGCUUCCAAAACUGCAGGUUGGAGAUAUAACUUCAAACAUACUCCACUGUUUGACAUCACCAUUGGACGUGCAGAUCGAUGAUAUUACCGUAAUGCCGUCUAUGGUUCCCUCUGCCCAAUAAGAUGUUUGAAAAUUGUCACAAUCAACCGCCAAUCUAAAAUAAUGAAGCUUGUACUAAGGGAAGGUAACCAUAACAGUUAAUCUCAUGCUUUCUCUUCACCACUAGGUAUAUAUGAAUUCAUUUCACCGACAGCACGACAAAAUGUGUUAGUCGAGAAACAUGCAUAUGUGUAAACUAUUAGAUGACAAUAAAAAAUCGAACUUGAUUCGAUUACCCAUGACCUCUGUAAAUAAAAGUGAAACAUUUCAA